UACUCAGGAAUCACCGUAAACGGGAAAAAUAUUUUUGAGCAGUACCGUAUAUGAAAACAUUGCAUUUUGACGUUGUUUUAUUCGUCAUUCUUUGCUCUAUGUUCAGAACUGGAACAACACUCGUCAUGAUGCCGCCAUUCAACUGUUCCCUGGAAGUUCUCCUAUCACUUGCUACGACUGUUCACAGCAAAAUCAACUGUCCGGAGACAGUUCUGCUUUGCGGAAUGAAUGUCUCGCGGUUGUUGACCAACGCCACUGAGCAAGACCUAGCCGACGUAUGUUUGACUGAGGACGAGUAUCUGGCCAGGUUCCUGGGACCUCCACGGUCACCCAUCUUCAUCCCUGUCUGCGUCACCUACCUCACCAUCUUCAUGGUGGGCGUGCUGGGCAACUCUUUAACUUGUGCGGUCAUUCUGCGCUACAGAGUAAUGCGGACGCCGACCAACUACUAUCUGCUGAGUCUGGCGGUUUCUGACCUGCUGGUGCUGAUCUUGGGCAUGCCCCUGGAGCUCUACGACAUGUGGAGGAACUACCCUUUCCUGCUAGGAGAAGGGGGCUGCUACUUCAAGACCUUUCUGUUCGAGACCGUGUGCUUCGCCUCCAUCCUUAACGUCACCGCGCUCAGCGUGGAGCGAUAUGUGGCCGUGGUGCACCCUCUAAAGGUCAAACACAUGAGCACGCACGCACACGUCAAGAAGGUGAUCAUUACUCUGUGGAUUCUGUCCAUGAUUUGCGCAGUGCCCAACACCAGUCUGCACGGGAUCAUGACGCUGCCUCCAAAGUUUGGACGCCAUUUUCCUCGAUCCGCCAUCUGUCAUGUGGUCAAGCCCACCUGGAUCUACAACCUGAUCAUCCUGAUUUCUACAGUUGUCUUCUUCAUGCUCCCCAUGCUAACAAUUAGCAUUCUCUACCUGCUCAUUGGCCUUCAACUCCGCAGAGAUAAGUUGGUGGUCAUGGUUGACUCCAAAUGCAUCUUCGGGACAGAAAGUCUUUCCAGGUCCCGUAAGCAGAAACUCAGCAAGAGGAACGUGCAGGUCACCAAAAUGCUGAGUGUGUUGGUGGUGGUCUUUGGUCUCUGCUGGGCUCCCUUUCACGUGGACCGACUGAUGUGGAGCUACAUGGAUCCCAGCUCUCCACAUCACCUCAAGAUCUUCGAGCACGUCCACAUCAUCUCCGGGGUUUGCUUCUACCUGAGCUCAGUCGUCAACCCCAUCCUCUACAACCUCCUGUCCAGUAGGUUUAGAGAAAUGUUCAGUCACAUGACAUGUUACUCCCGCAGCUCGUCAAGAUGCUCCGGUAUCCACAUGUCGCAUCGAAGAACCUCCAGCGACAAAACGUCCAAGACUGCCAAAUGGACUUAAGGAAGACAAACCGAUGUCAUCGCUAUCAUCAUCGCCACAGAAUGAUCCAUAAGGAACAUCCUCAGAUGUGCUGAGUGCAUAAACACUGAGGUUCCUACCAAAACGUGGC